AUGGCAAGCGGAAGAGCCGUCUCCUCGGCCGUGCGCUCGGCGGCUACGAUCCGUUCCGCGACCUGGGGACACGCAGCCUCGGGCCAGCGAUGCGCCGCCGCCGCCGUUCUGCCUGCCUCUCGCGCAUUCACCACUGCUGUUCUCACGAGAGUUUCCGCCGCCUCGCCGACGGCCUCUCGCCGCGGCGCGCUGCCACCGCCGUCGUCUUCUGCCGCGCGUUGGUACUCGGCCGACCCGUCGCCGACCAAGCUCUGGAGCUUUGACGAGAUUCAGAAGCAGCUGCAGACCAACGAGGAUAAGAAUGUGGUUUUCGUCGACGUCCGCGAACCGGUCGAGCUCCGCGAGACGGGCAAAAUUCCCGGCGCCAUCAACAUGCCCAUGACGACGGCCGUGCAGAGCCUGCACGUGCCCGAGGACGAGUUCGAGGAAAUGCACGGGUACCCGCGCCCGGGCAAGGACAAGACGCUCGUGUUUUACUGCAAGGCCGGCAUCCGCGCCAAGUCGGCGGCCGGGCUGGCGCUGCACGCCGGGUGGACGAGCGUCGGCGAGUACAGGGGCUCGUGGCUGGACUGGGCGGAGCACAAUGGGCCGGUGGAAAAGGUGAGUGGCGGCAAGUGA